GACUACGGCAGUUCCGCCUUUAACGUUUCGAAAUUUACUUGAUGCUUUUCACUAUACUCUACUAGUAGUCACACCGUGUCUCUCUCCGAAAAUGCUUACCUCUGCUUUACGCCUCGGCGUAGCUGACGCAAGUUGCGAGUUCAGAUUUUUGUAUUGAACGCAAGAAAAAGAAGUAGCUAAGAUCCCAAAGAUUACGCUUAGGCCACACAAAGAAACAAGCAAGUUAGACGAUCGGAACCCGAACACAAAAACUAAAAAUCCACUACUACGACGGUCGAGCUGAUGAAGAUUUGUUUCGCGCCAAAAAACGAAAUGCGUAGCUUUGUCUUGCUACAGGUGACAGGAGGAAUAAGCAGCAGUCAUUAAAAGACUAAAAAGAUUGCAUCUCUAGCGAAUGACAAUGGCUCGUAUGCAUGUUGUCCGUCGUAUAAGUAUCGUUAUGUGCAAGUCCUGUCUUCGUUUGCUUUAGUGAAUACAAAGUGUCUCCGGAAAAUAGUAAGUGAAGCAGUUGUGGCCGGAGUUGCGCUGCCACGCAAUUCCAAUUGAAAAACAGAAAUACAUGCGUUUUCUUCUCGCUUGAAAAACAGAGACUGGGGAAAUAUGAUGGUGCAAAACUGAGAGAAAACGAACUCAGAUCCAUGCGCACAACCCUCAGCAAUUUGAUUUCGCAGUACACAAGAAGGGCGUAGCUAGAAAGACAAGAAUGAAACUUUGGUAUAAAUGAUUUGGACACGUACCCUGCAGGUGUAGAAGUGCUAUUUUGAGUAUAGUGCGCGUGUGUAUCAUCGGCAGAGAAUGGGAGGGAAUUGCAACGCCGGAAUUGAAUGAGAUGACUGCAGAACUUUUGAUGUUUAGCUUUUCUGGCCUGGAGAGAGAGAGAGAGAGAGAGCGACAAAUGCGUAAGUUAAUAAUGCGGCACCCCAGUUGUACCUAUUGCAUGUCCCUGUGAAGUGGACGGAGAUGAUGUUUGCAUGUUUGAGAAGAAAAACUGCGUGGUCAUUCAAAAUGUUGAUUUUUACCUCAACCAAAAACCGUAGGGGAACAAGUGUUGUUUACAACAAAAAACUCAAUCACAAUGGCCAAGACGAUGAAGAUGAUGGCGGCCCCGGCCCCGGUCAUGAAGAAGAUGUCCAUGAAGAAGAUGAUGGCCAUGAAGAAGAAGUAAAUUUCUUCUAUGCCUCUCUUUAGAUGACAAUCUUUUGAGAGUGUUCCCCUAG